AUAUGUACCUUUCAUAUUGAUCUCCAUCGAAAUUAGAGCAUCAACUUUAGAUAAUAUAGAAAAAUGGGUAAACGAGUAGUUUUCUCUUGCCUCAUUGCCUUGUUCUUGAAUUCAGUCUCAGGAGUCACAAAUGAUCCUCAAGACCAACAGGCAUAUGUCGUCUACAUGGGAUCACUACCGUCUAGUGAAGACUACUCACCAAUGUCUAUUCACAUGAAUAUUAUUCAAGAGGUGACUGGAAAAAGUUCGAUUGAGGAUCGAUUGGUGAGAAGUUAUAAGAGGAGUUUUAACGGGUUCGUGGCCAGGCUAACCGAAUCAGAACGAGAAAGAGUAGCCAAAAUGGAGGGAGUUGUGUCCGUGUUCCCCAACAAGAAACUAAAACUCCAAACGACGACGUCUUGGGACUUCAUGGGGCUAAAGGAAGGAAAGAGGACGAAGAGGAACCCGGCCGUGGAGAGUGAUAUCAUUAUUGGGGUCAUCGACAACGGAAUCACACCGGAAUCCGAAAGCUUCUCCGACAAAGGCUUUGGUCCUCCUCCAAAGAAAUGGAAAGGUGUUUGUUCCGGUGGCAAUAACUUCACUUGCAACAACAAGUUGAUUGGGGCAAGAUACUACACAGGAAUAGGUGCUAGAGGUUAUCGUGGCCACGGUACACACACGGCGUCCACGGCGGCUGGAAACGCAGUUGAAGACAUAAGCUUCUUUGGACUCGGCAAUGGAACGGUGAGAGGUGGUGUUCCGGCCUCUAGAAUCGCCGCUUACAAUGUCUGCCUCGACUUAUGUACCUCGGCAGAUAUAUUGUCUGGUUUUGAUGACGCAAUCGCCGAUGGAGUGGAUAUCAUCAACAUCUCUAUCGGGUCUGAAACCGCAUGGCUGUACAGAGACGACCCGAUCGCAAUCGGAGCUUUUCACGCUAUGGCCAAGGGGAUUCUCACCGUGAAUGGAGCCGGUAAUAGUGGUCCAAAAGCGGGCACGGUCCAAGCCGUUGCGCCUUGGAUCUUAAGCGUUGCAGCCAGCACCACAAACCGUGGGUUUGUCACCAAAGUUGUUCUCAGAGAUGGCAAGACACUUGUCGGAAAAUCAGUGAACACUUUCGAUCUGAAAGGAAAGAAAUACCCGCUGGUGUAUGGAAAAUCAGCUGGUUCCUCUACUUGCGAGGAGGAAUCCGCCAAGCAAUGUGGGAAAGGGUGUUUGGAUCAAUCCCUAGUCAAGGGGAAAAUCGUAUUGUGUCGUCAACCUGAAGACUUUAAUGUAGACGAAGUUCAAUAUAAAGGAGCUGUUGCAGUCAUUCUUAUGAGCCCUAAAGAUGACUGUGCCUUGGUCAGCCCUUUGCCCCUCUCUGUUCUCUCACAAGAUGACUUUGACUCUCUCGUCUCUUACAUUAACUCUACAAAGUCCCCGAAAGCGACUAUUCUAAAAACUGAAGAAGUCUUUAAUCAGACAGCUCCUAAAGUCGUUUCCUUCUCUUCUCGUGGUCCAAACAUUAUAGCUCUUGAUCUUCUCAAGCCGGAUAUAACAGCACCAGGAGUGGAGAUCCUCGCUGCUUAUACACUUAAUGAUUCACCAUCGGAAAGCAAGCGUGACAUCAGACGUGUGAAAUACUCUGUUCUCUCUGGAACAUCGAUGUCUGGUCCACAUGCUGCAGGCGUGGCCGCGUACGUUAAGAGUUUUUAUCCCAAAUGGUCUCCGUCCAUGAUCCAAUCUUCCAUCAUGACGACCGCUUGGCCAAUGAAUGGUCCUGGAACUGACUUCGCAUCAACGGAGUUUGCUUAUGGAGCUGGCCAUAUUGACCCAAUAGCCGCUUUAAAUCCUGGACUUGUCUAUGAAUCUAACGAAGCGGACCACCUCGCUUUUCUCUGCGGCUUGGGCGCCCCUGCGAAAUUCCUUAAAUACCUAUCCGGUGGAAACUUUUCUUGCACUGAAGAAAGCAAAACCGAACCAAGAAACCUCAACUAUCCAUCCAUGUCGGCUAAAUUGGAGGGAUCUAGUAGCUCCUUCACGGUGAGUUUCGAAAGAACCGUCACUAAUGUCGGUACGCCCAACUCUGUAUACAAUUCAAAUGUGGUCUUAAAUAACGGAUCUAAGCUCAGCGUCAAGGUCUCGCCUAGUGUGCUCUCUUUUAAGACGGUGAGUGAGAAGCGGUCUUUCACGGUGACUGUUUCAGGCAGCAAUCUCGACCCAAAGCUGCCUUCGUCUGCGAAUCUUAUUUGGUCUGAUGGCACCCAUAAUGUGAGAAGCCCCAUUGUUAUUUAUACUGAUGGUGCUUACUGAUAAGGGCACUUUAUUUCACAUCUUUUGUUUUUGAACCAAUUUAUCAUCAUCCACCUUUCGGAAAAACGAUGAAUUUUGUUGUCUUUUCCAUCCCCUAUAUAUAUAUUAUUAAUU